AAGGUUGUACAAAAACAUGGAUUCAUCAAAGGAAUUUCCAUCAAUAUAUGUUAUUCCAUCAGCUCCAACUUACAAAGAAUAUGAAGAUCCUUCACGGUAUGCUAAUUUGCCCGACAAAAUUUAUCCAACAAUUAGUUUCCAAAAUGAGCAAAUCGAUUUUGUGAUGGUAUCACCUCAUAGGCCAAAGAAAAUAGAAGCAAAUGAUUGCACAUGUCUCCGUGCAAUAUCAUUAAUCCUUAUUGCUUCUAUCAUCGCUGCAUUUUUAUGGUUUUCAUUGUAAAGAUAAUUGAUUUGUUUUUAAUAAUAUAAAUUGUUAUUUCAAAACUGAUAUAUUUUCCAUAUUCAUUUUUGCCCUGAAUAAAAAAUAGGUUGUU